AUGCUCUUCCAGAUUCUCAGUCAGGCCAAGAAGCAUCCGAGCUUGAUCCCUCUCUUUGUAUUUAUUGGAGCUGGAGGUACUGGAGUAGCACUAUUUGUCUUGCAUCUGGCAUUGUUCAAUCCAGAUGUUAGCUGGGACAGAAAGAAUAACCCAGAGUCCUGGAACAAAUGGGGUCCCAAUGAUCAAAAUGAGUUUUACUCAAUGAAUAUAGAUUACAGCAAACUGAAGAAAGAAGGUCCAGAUAUUUAA